AUGUACGAAGGCUCUAUACCUAUACCGCCUCGGCGACGCGUCCUACCUACCCGUGAGCAGAGACAUAGGAUACGGCAGCAUCUAAUUCACACGUAUGAAAGAUUAAGAAACAAUCCUCCCAACUAUGUUAUAGAUGAAUAUGAACCGAGAGGUCGGUUUUUUGACUUUGAUGACUUGUCACCAUUUAUGUGGAGCGAGUGGUGGCGUGGCAAAGGGAUCCCCCACGAGGUAUCCAGACCUCCUGUUAACGACCCAGAAUUCAAUGCGGGUGUUCUCGAUAUAAGUCAGCCAUGGAUCCCCUUUAAAAGGUGGAUGAUGGAUAUCGCACGAACUUGGACGCGGCCCUGGCCAAGAGAACUUGAAUUAAAUCCAGAAUUGUUUGGGGAUCUCUCCGACUAUAACUGUACUCGAAUUAACUUCUUUAGGGUUAUGAGAUACCGGCUUUCCGUGCACAAAGCAUAUGCCUUUUGGACGGGAUUUGCACGAAAGCAUCAACAUACAGCUAUAACGGAAACUUAUGAAUUCCUAGACGGCCGCAUAAAUGAAGAGGACCCGGUUGACCCGGCUUUAGCUGAAAUACAACGCUCGAAUCAUCGGCAGUCGAUGAUAAUGCUCACCUUAAUAGGUCUGAAUAACUAUAAUGUCCCGGAUGAGUCACUCAAUAAUUCGGGGGUUGAAGAAUUGAGGUAUUUCAUACGAUCGCCCGUUGUCAUGGAAGCUUGGCUCGAAUUCCUUAACGACUAUUUACGGUAUCAUCCCGAUACACGAAAUCCCGUAUGGAGUACAUUACAGCCUGCAUUGGCAAAUAGGGAUAUCCAUAACAUAAGAAGACGUUAUUAUUUGUCAAUUAACCCUGACAAACACAACUGGACUCUUAUGGACCACGCCGUACGAUUUAUAAUGACGGUAUACCAUCGCGGCUUCCAGAUAUGUGAGGCUAGGGAACGUGAACACCUUGAGGGAGUUCACUGGCCAUGGUCGCAUUAUUUCUACAGCGAAACGUUCUGUACUGACAUGGAAGAUCGACACUGGUUUGGGUUCUCCUUGUUGAUGUUACUCGUUUCUUCUUGGCAAUUUAACCGUAUACAUCCUCACCCGGAAUAUUUGCGAAUCCUUGUCCCAUCAUUAUAUCCUAGAUAUCAACCGCAUGAUUGGGACCAUAUCGAAGGCGACGUCGGUAUGGUCAACCUGUCUCCUACUUCACCGUGGGAAUGUGGUUUUGAUGUCAAACCGAAUUUCGAUUUCACCAGAGCUUAUUUGAGUGGCUUCAUUGGUAGCUGGGAACAAAGCCGAUUCUAUGAGGGCGAAAGUGACACCCCGAUUGACAAUGAUGGUUAUCGUGUUCGCGCGAGACAAACCGCGACCCGGAAUUAUGACGAAUUUGAAGAUGACUAG